AUGAGCCAGAAUUUGACCGAUUUCCAUUUGAAUUGCAAAAAGGAAUACAAUGUGCUUACAAGGUCGUUCAACAUCUUGUUCUACGGAUAUGGCUCUAAGAAGCCUUUGCUGAAAAAGAUGUUUCCAACUGCAAUCUACCUUAACUGCAGGACCAUGGGCCGGCAUGAGAUUCUUGCAGAAAUCGUGGACACUGUAAGACGUAGGUCUAGGUUGGAGACCCAGCGAGUCUCCAAGACAUCAACAAUAAAGGAUAUAGAUGAGGCCAUAGGAACCAGAAAGGAGAAGUACAAGCUUAUCAUGGCAAACUUUGACUUCAGCAUGCUAGAAUUCUCAGGACUGAAGAACUUUGCCAUCCUGGGAACCAUUGAGGGAGUCGACAUAAGAUUUAGUCUUGAAGACAUUGAAAGAUUCAACUUUAUUUUCCGAGACCUCACCACUUUCGAUCCAUACGAAGAGGAGAUAAUAGGUAUCCAUCUUGGAGCAACAAAAGUAGAGGCAUCGUCCAGAGUUGUCAGCAGUGUUCCAAGAAAUUCCAGGGUUGUGUUGAAGGAAAUCCUGCUGUGUAAUGAAGACACGGUGAGUCUUAGCGAGCUGUUUGAAAGAACAAAAAGGAAGCUAUUUCUCACAUCAAAGGCUUCUGUUCUUUCGAUGAUCAGUGAGUUUAUUGAUCAUGGGCUUCUGAAGAUUAAAAACGGUACAGAGGUUGUUGUCUGCAUGUCACCCACAGAAAAAAAAGAAAUAGCAAAGGAACUAGACUGUCUGUAA